CCAUCCGCACGCCAUCCUCGCUUCCCCUUCCCGCCUUUCCCACGUCACCGCCCGUCAGUCACCCGCACCACCGCCGCCCCUGCAAACCAACCACCAGUCUUCCUCUUAAAUCCUCCGCAGCUCCGCCGAUUCCUUCUUUCCCGUCCGCCCUAUAAAAUCCAACCGCCCGUCACCCUAUCUUAUCCCCCAUCUUUCUCUCCCGUGUCGCACCACUCGACCUUCUUAUAAGAAGUAACUGAACUUCCCCUUUCUUUUCCUCGUUACGGUCCUGCUGCUUGUCUUGGUAUUGACGGAAAAAUUCACCGGAGAAAUCAGCAAUGGCGAAAGCCAGUUCUUUUCCGAUGAGGGUGUUCCUCGUUCUGUCGCUGGUCGUCUUGUCCCGGGCGGCUGUGGACUUCGCCUCCAUGGUCGAGUCCAAUUUCCCGUCAGUUCAGGCGGAGAAGUUCAUUAGGGGUCUCAAUCUCUCACCCAAGGAGGACGUUAAUGUUGUCGAGGGCGGCGCAGCCCCACUUCUCAGCGAGGCUCCCACCGGGAAGAAGAUUGUGGAGAAGCGGAUCAGCUUCCCGAAUCUGAUUGGCGAGGGCGAGGUCGGAUUUGCCGUCGAGGAUUUGGGGCACCACGCUGGUUACUACAACAUUGAGCACUCUUAUGCCGCUAACCUGUCCUGUUUUGAUGAUUGUAUUCUUGAGCUGGCUACUGUUCAUGGAGAAGUGGUUUACCACAGGAGAAGGCUAAUACCAUUUUGGAUGUUGGUUUGUAGGAUGUUUUAUUUUUUCUUCGAAUCUCGCAACAGUAAGAAGGACCCUGUGGUCAUCUGGUUGACUGGGGGACCGGGCUGCAGCAGCGAGCUUGCCAUAUUUUAUGAAAAUGGCCCUUUCAGCAUUGCAAACAACAUGUCUCUUGUGUGGAACAAGUUUGGCUGGGACAAGACAUCAAAUCUUAUAUAUGUUGAUCAGCCCACUGGGACUGGAUUCAGCUACAGCACUGAUAAGCGUGACAUUCGCCAUGAUGAAGCUGGAGUUAGUAAUGACCUAUAUGACUUCUUGCAGGCCUUUUUCACAGAGCAUCCUGAGCUCGCAGAGAAUGACUUCUACAUUACUGGUGAAUCAUAUGCUGGGCACUACAUUCCUGCUUUCGCUUCUCGAGUUCACAAAGGGAACAAGAAUAAGGAAGGGAUCCACAUAAACUUUAAGGGUUUUGCCAUUGGCAAUGGCCUGACAGAUCCUGCAUUGCAGUAUAAGGCUUACCCUGAUUAUGCACUAGAGAAUGGGAUUAUCACGAAUGCUCAAUUCAAUAAAAUUAGCAAGGCUGUCCCAGUUUGUGAAAUGGCAAUUAAGCUUUGUGGAACUGACGGUACGGUGUCCUGUAUGGCUUCCUAUUAUGUUUGCAAUGGUAUAUUCAAUUCCAUCAUGUCUGCGGCUGGUACUAUAAAUUAUUACGACAUCAGGAAGGAAUGUGAAGGGAGCCUUUGCUAUGACUUCUCCAACAUGGAAAAAUUUCUCAACAUCAAUGCUGUUAGGGAGUCACUUGGUGUUGGGAAAAUAGACUUUGUGUCGUGCAGUCCUACCGUGUACCAGGCCAUGUUGGUUGACUGGAUGAGAAACCUUGAAGCUGGGAUUCCUGCUCUCCUCGAGGAUGGAAUCCAAAUGCUUAUCUAUGCUGGAGAAUAUGAUCUCAUCUGCAAUUGGUUAGGUAAUUCUAGAUGGGUUCAUGCAAUGGAGUGGUCUGGCCAGAAAGAGUUUGUAUCGUCUCCAGAGAUCGCCUUUGAAGUAGACGGUACAGAGGCUGGAGUACUGAAAACUCAUGGACCCCUGUCCUUCCUCAAGGUCCAUAAUGCUGGGCACAUGGUUCCAAUGGACCAGCCGAAGGCUGCACUAGAGAUGCUGAAGAGGUGGACUCAAGGCAAACUAUCUGAUGCCACUGCCGAGGAAUCCAACCCGGAGAAGUUAGUUGCCGAGUUCUGAUCUUUGCUUGGUGGGCAAACAUUCAGAUGACAGGCUGCAUGCCUGGCUUCUGGUUUUCCUGAUGUAACCUUGUAAAUAAGUUUCCUUGUAUGCAAGAUCGUGUUGUUCGAGUCAUAAAUAAUGUUCGUUACGAUAAAUGCGAGCAUAGUUGUGUACCCUGUUGUAGCAUCUGAUGGACCAAACCUCUUUUAUAAGUCUCUUCUUGUUUCUGCUAAUUUAC